AUUAUAAAGGUUUUGUCAUAGUCAUUCUUUUUCACUUUGUUGAUUUUGGUUUCUUUUUCCACUCUUUCUCACAAGAAAAUGCUCUUUGCCUCUCUAUUCUCUCUAUUCUCUCAUGUCGUUUUUCUGUUGUCUCACUAUUAAUUUGCGGGUUUCUCUCAUCUUGUCUUGCAACUAACUAGGGUUCUUCCUUCAACUCUCACAUCAAAUAGUCACUUUCCAGAAAACCUUCUCUCUCUCUUUCUCAGUUAGGUGCAAAGCUUUUUCAUACCCAAAUAUUAAACAAUUAACAGAUCUUCAAACACCAAAGCCUGCACCACAUUUAAGAUGAUGGCUUCUUCUUCUAGCUACUCGAAUUCUCCAUGUGCAGCGUGCAAGUUUCUGAGGAGGAAGUGCAUGCCAGACUGCAUUUUUGCGCCAUAUUUUCCUCCAGAGGAGCCUCAGAAGUUUGCAAACGUGCACAAGAUCUUUGGUGCAAGCAACGUGAGCAAGAUUCUGAACGAGGUGCAACCCUAUCAGAGAGAAGAUGCUGUAAAUUCUUUGGCAUAUGAGGCAGAAGCAAGGAUCAAAGAUCCUGUGUAUGGUUGUGUUGGUGCCAUUUCAGUGCUGCAAAGGCAAGUUCUCAAGCUCCAAAAGGAGCUUGAUGCUACAAAUGCUGAUUUGAUCCGCUACAGCACUUGCAGUGAAAUGCCAAACAGUAGUAGCAGUAGUGCUCAUCAUCAUGGAGGAAGAAGCAAGAUGAGCAGUGAUGAUGGUGGUGGUGGUGGUGGUGGUUCUGGUUUAAGCUUCUAUUAUUCUUCUGCUAAUUGGAACAAUGAUCAUUCUGAAAAUGGCUACCCCAGAGGAGAUAUAUAACAAAUUUCAAGUUAGGGUUUUCUUAUUGUAAAGUCUUGGAUGAUUGGUCUUAUUCUGUGUAUAUUAUAUAUAUCUAUAUGU